AUGUCCACAGUCCAGCGCCAGACGGCGUCGCGCCUCCUCCGCGCUUCUGCCCGCCCCCGGGCCUCCCGAUCGAUCCACACCUCUCUCCCCACCCUCGCCGCUUCCGACUCGUCAAACAACUCCUCCCCCUCCAACCCUACUACUCAAACACCUCCCAAGCCCGUGACCCGCGCCUCCCGCAUCCCAUUUAUCGGUCGUGCCCCCAAGGCUGCUCUUCCCUCUACGCCCUAUACCGUCUCGCAGCCGCCUCAAUUCCCGGCGCCGAAUGACCCGUUCUUCCAGCCCUCGACUACGCCGGGGGAGAACGCGCAGAAUGGGGAGACGGCGACGCCUGUUCCUGUAACCACCCGAUCAGGGGUCCCAGGGGGUCAGUAUAGCGACACGACCAAGGCGGUGGUUAGGGGGUUGGCGAGGGCGAUGGGGUACAAUUCGAAAGCGAGUACCGCGAUUAGAGAGACGGGGAGGAUGAUGAGAGGGAUCGUGGAAAGCAUCGAGAGGGAUAGGGUAUACUGGUACGAAGAAUGCGGUCUUCCCCCGACAUACCAGACGUUCUUCCAGCUACAUCUGCUCUACGUCCUCAUCCUCCUUCCGCGUCUCAGAGCCCUGGCGGUCUCCUCACCCACCCACAGCCACCCAAUACCUGAACCUCUCGACCCUUCGUCACCCCAUCACCCCCGACCCGAUGUCGCAACAUCCACCGUCUCUUCCUCAAACCCCUCAUCGCCCGCUUCCGCCGGAAACCCCAUGCUCGGGAAACCAGACCAUGACGCCUACCCCUCUGAGCUGCUGAACCACUUCUUUGAGCUCGCAGAGUCGGAGAUGCGGAAAGUGCUAGGCAGAGGCGAGAGGGAGCGGGUCGUCAAGAAGUAUAUGGCGGAGAUGGGUGAACAGUGGAAGGGUGCCGGAGCGGGCUUGGACUAUGUUAUGGGUCUAGACAACGCGCUGAGUGCGGCGACGGGCACGGGUACGGCGGGAGCUAUAAGCGCAGGUGGAGCCGGAGAUGGAGGCGACGUGGAGCUGGCAAGCUGGGUCUGGCGGAACCUGUAUGCUUCGCAGGGGUUGACGGCGGGUCCAGGGGUCGAGCAGGAUAUGGGCAACAAGGAGGUCGAAAUGGUGCAGCGCUUGGAAGAAGUUGUGAGAUUCGUGAGGAGGGAGAUGGCGAGAUUAGACAGUCUUGAGGAUGCGGAGGUCUUGGACGCGGUGAUUGGUGAAUGGGGGUCAGCGAAGCAGUGA